AUACGGCCGGACACGAUGCACCCAAGCAGGCGCAGCCUCCCUUUCCCCCUAAACUGUCAGCUGGUGAGGGUUGGAACUGCUGAUUAUGGAGGUGCGUCGGAUCAGAGUGACCAGCAGCUGGACUGUGCCUUGGACCUAAUGAGGCGCCUGCCUCCACAGCAAAUCGAGAAGAACCUCAGCGACCUGAUCGACCUGGUCCCCAGUCUGUGUGAAGAUCUCCUGUCUUCUGUUGACCAGCCACUGAAAAUUGCCAGAGACAAGAUGGUGGGCAAGGAUUACCUUUUGUGUGACUACAACAGAGAUGGGGACUCUUAUAGGUCACCAUGGAGUAACAAGUAUGACCCACCUUUGGAAGAUGGGGCCAUGCCGUCUGCUCGGCUGAGAAAGCUGGAGGUGGAAGCCAACAAUGCCUUUGACCAGUACCGAGACCUGUAUUUUGAAGGCGGCGUCUCAUCUGUCUACCUCUGGGAUCUGGAUCAUGGGUUUGCUGGAGUGAUCCUCAUAAAGAAGGCUGGAGAUGGAUCAAAGAAGAUCAAAGGCUGCUGGGAUUCCAUCCAUGUGGUAGAAGUGCAGGAGAAGUCCAGUGGCCGCAACGCCCACUACAAGCUGACCUCCACAGUGAUGCUCUGGCUGCAAACCAACAAGUCUGGCUCGGGCACCAUGAACCUCGGCGGCAGCCUCACCAGACAGAUGGAGAAGGAUGAAACUGUGAGUGACUGCUCCCCACACAUAGCCAACAUCGGGCGCCUGGUGGAGGACAUGGAAAAUAAAAUCAGAAGUACGCUGAAUGAGAUCUACUUUGGAAAGACAAAGGACAUCGUCAAUGGGCUGAGAUCUCUUGACGCAAUCCCCGACAACCACAAAUUUAAGCAGUUGCAGAGGGAGCUCUCUCAAGUGCUGACCCAGCGCCAGGUCUACAUCCAGCCGGAUAACUAAGCCGGCCCAGGUCUGUGCAGACUUUCGCAGACAAAUCAAAACAAGAAGCUCUCAAGAACGACCUGGUGGAGGCUUUGAAGAGAAAGCAGCAAUGUUAAACCUCUGCUUUGCGCUAAACAGCCACGCCAUGCCCUCAUUAGGUUCCUUUCUUAGAAAACUCAUUUUCUGCUCCCUGUCCCUCGUCCCUGCCCGCCCCAACAGGUCACAUAACAACUUGCAUCAUCGACCUACCGCACAGCGCCAUCUCUCCCUGCGAAUAAAGCCCGAUAACCACCCUGUCUGGCUCUGAGGCCUGCUUCCCACCACGUUUUGCUAUCGAAACUCUCGGUAUUUCCAUAGAAACGUGUGUUUUUUGU